UGGAAGAAAUCCUGAAAAGAAAAAAAAAAAAAAAAGGGUGUAAAUGUACGUGCCGGUGUCCGUACAGCACCGGUCCUCCCACAACGUGCUGCUGCCUUGGAGCUGCAGAAAUUCCCCAUCUCUUCCACCUCGAUCCCAUUCCUGUCUUCGCGCCCAAGUGCUGCUGCUCGGCCCUGGUACAGCUGUGGGGCUGCACUGCAAAUGGGAUCACUGCAAUCAGCCCGGUUAAAAAUAACACGGGGGGAGGGGAGCGACGGGUUUUUAAGCCAGGCUGGCUGCUGGGAGUGAGUGGUGUUGAGCUGCAGCCGUGGAAACUUCGUUUAAUUCCAGGAAUUGUGUUGGUUCGGAGCCUUCUUACGGGUUUGGUGUGGGGUUUGUGGAUUUUAGCCCCGCUGGGAUAUGGUAAUGCUCUUUGCUGCUGUUCAGGGGAUUGCUCAAUGAUCUCUUAGAGCAGAGGUACCACCUGACAGUGCAGCAUUCUGGACUUUCUGACCAGCUGAGGGCAUAAGGAAGAGUAUUGAUGUAGAGAGUUCAAGGUUGUCACCAGUUCAGCUCUCAUUGUGGUGAGCGUGUUGUUCCCAUGGGAGAGAGAAACAGAGUAGGGGGAUGUUUUUGAAAAGCCUCUAAUAUGAUGCAUUUUUAUUCUUAAGCCUCUAAGUAACAUAACAGCCAUAGAUGGAAGAAUUUCCAGGCUAUAUCCAGGUGUGUGCAGAAGGUGGAUGUGGUGAGUGCUGCAGACCUGAAGCUUGCUUGGCUGCUGGUGUCCCCAGCCUUGUGAAGGCAUGCUCCAGAAAAUGAGAGGGUAACUUCUGCUCCUACUGGGGAGAAGAAGAACCAGCUCUCCAACAAUGCUAGGUGCAAAGGAAUGGUUUACUUAAUGAGAAUGUGCUGACGUUUGCUAGUUAUGUCUUACCGAGUUGAGAUUGAGUCUAGGAAAAAUAGCUUGCGUGCUUUUGGAUCUCAUUGGUUCAGUUAAGCACUUGUUGACCAUUUCUACUAGCAGCUUUCACAAAGUAGAGUGGGGUUCAUCCUGUUUUCAGCAUCCCUUGUGCAGGCAUGGAGGUGGAAGUAAUUUAACAUUAAGACAAACUGAAUUUUUUAGGAUUUUGGGUAAGGAAUGAAAAUAAUCGUUAGACAGAAUGCUUCUUCCUGAAAGUCCAGAAAUUGUUUUUAAUAAUUAAUAGAACAUAAUCGUUAGUCCCUCUGCCCCAUUCCAGUACGAUUAUGGCUGGGCAAGUGGUAAUCCACCUUAAAGAGUGGAAGGGGUGAUGCUUUCUGCUUGCAGGGUGAGUACUGAAAUCGUGACACCAAAAUGAAUCAGGGUUAAACGAUGGGAACUUCGUUUAUACACUUGAAAAAUGUUUGUUUGCUAUUUUGCAUAUUUAACAGCAAACUGGAAUUAGCGAAGGCUGUAAUUCUUAGUCAAGACACCAGGAGCAAAACACCUGAUGGGUGAGUUUGUGCUGCUGACUCUGAGCAGGGUUUGGCAGCUUUCUGUGUAGAGUUUAAGCCUUUCAACUUGAGCACCAGGCCCUGAAGAAGGGCCCUCCGUGCCCCUCCUGGCUGUGGGCACUGAGCUCAGGGAGGCGCCUGUAAGGAACUUAACAAAACACUUUGUUUUUUUUUUGCCCCAGUAAGAAAUGAUGCAUCUCUUGCACGGCUUCAGAUAAGCGUCAGAGAAUAAAGCCCUUCAUGAUUCAAAAGAUAAGGAGGUUGCUUCAGUGUCAGCAGUGGGCAGGCUGAUUUCAGAGGCUUAAAAAGAAAGAAUACGUGCCUGUAGUUUAUUAUGGCACUUCAAGUUUUCAAGUUAGGGAAGUGACCCUCUGUCUGCUAAUUGUUGUUCCGUGAUAAAGGAGCAAUGCUCUAAUCUGUCCCAUGAUAACAUUUAAUACCUUAGCUUGUUAAGUGUGUGGCAGCCUAAAUAUGAAGUUUUGAGUGGUUACCUGAGAUUCUUAAAUCAUGUAAAUCGUGGUCAUAGGGGCAUGUUGGAAGCCUGUAGAAUUAUGUAACAAUUAUAUAAACGGACAGUUUUCCAUUGGCAUGGUUUAAAAACCAGGAAUCCUUGCAGGUUCUUUGUGAAAUAGGCCUUUGGUCACAGCCAGGACAUGGGGAGGAGCAGAUCCUGUGUGUCAGCUGUGGGUCUGGAGCAGCACUCUGCUAUAGUCCUCCAACAGCUGCACUCCUGGAGUUGUGAACCAUUCAUUUGGGUGUGUGGAUGUUUCAGAACGAGCACAAUGAAGAUUUGGGUUGGGUUUUUUUUAUUUUUCUUUUUUUUUGAGUGGAAGCAGUUAAUCUCCUUUAUUCAUCUGUUUGCUGGAGAUUGAUUUAUUGCAGCCCUGGUGCUCGGGGUGCAGUUAUCAGCACCGUGCACUCCUGUUGCUCAGUGGUUGGGUCAGUGCUUUGUGCCACUCUGCUGCUGGAGGGUGUGGGACGAAGAGGGGAUGUGCUGUCAGCCUGUUCUCCUGCACUGUGCUGAAAGGCAGGCGUGAGUAACACAGAAACACAUCUGGCUGCUGAAGCUCAGCAUUCUGUGAGCCUCCAGGAGGGAAUUCUCAGUGCUGUCACAGCUCUGAGCACUCAGCUGUCUGUGCAGGGCAGUAGGUGCAGUGCUGCCCUCCCUUCUGCUGUCUUUGGGGAGUGUAGCAGUGAUUCACCCCUCACAAACUGCAAAGCAACACAUCUUGUACAGUAAGGAAUUUACAACCUGAGGUGGAUGGCUCAUUCACGGAUCUUUCCCAGUCCUUUUAAUGUGUCUUAGGGAUACUCUGUUAUAUUUAGCAAUGUUUAACCUGUAUCUGUUGCUUUUAAUAGGCUGAUAAGGCAGAGUGAGCUAAGCUAAAGAUACGCAGUCUUCCGAUCUCACUGCAUGCCAGUUAAAGAUUGACACUCCAGUAUGUAAACCUUGAAACAUUAAGCUGUAAUAGGUGUAGUAUUUGUGCUCAGCAUCUCCUGGGGUGGGCAGGAGUUGGUGAGUGUCAUGUCAUCCAGCUUCGUAGUUUACAUUUGCAGCCCAUUAAAUUAGGGCUGAAUUUGGGUAACGUGAGCAUUAAAGGUGCUGUGCUGAGUGUUGCAGCCUGCUGCUUCUCAGUAAGUAGGAAUCUUUGCUCCUUUCCCCUCCAGCUCUGUAUUUCACAGUGCUAAGGUGAUUGCAUUAAUUACAGUUACAGAGGGAUUUGCUUGUCCAUGCAGAUUGUUCUCUUCUGAAGCAUGUGUGACUGCUGCAGAUGGAUGUAGCUGGGAUGGUCACUGGGAUGAAGUGGGUUUUUCCAGUGGGCCUAAUAGCCUUGGCAGUGGUAGUUUUACUACUUGGCUACCGUGAUUUCCUCUAAGAUGCAAAUUAAUAAAACCUUUUCAUACUCUCCUCAUUGUAUUUAGGAAUUCUUAAAAAGCUGCAUCUUAGAAGAGAACUGAAGUAAUUUUACUUGACUAUUUUUAGAGGGUAAAAGCUGAAAGUGUGCGUGCUGGAUGUAACGCUGCAUUAAGGAAAGUAUUCUGAAGCAGAGUUACAAGAUGUAAUUACCUGGACCUGCAAAAGGCCCUGGAGAAUUAGUUUUGGCUGCAGAAGGUGUCUUCUGGAGCACCCAGUGCUGCAUUUCAGGUAGGCUGGCAUUCCACUGAAGCCAUUCAAAAUCUUGUUUCUCAUGUCCUGAAAAAAGUUUUUCCAUCAAGUCUUUUCCUGCUAGAGAAAAUAAACGGCCUCACAGCAUCUUUGAGUCAUGUUUGGCACAGCUCUGCAGAAGUCUUCAUUGUUUCUCACUGUCAGAAUAACAGUGUAGGUGCCACCGUGCUCACAGCCCCUGCCCCCGGGCUCAGCCUGCCCAUAGGAGGAAAUGUAACUGGAACACGAGGGGAGGAAAGGAGCUGUACAGCACUAAGGCAAGAGUGAUUUCAUCUUUUUGUGCUAAAUGAACAUUGUGGUGUGCACAAUAGUUGAGUAAUCAGCCUUUUCAGCCCUUCUGUGCAGCACGAUAUUCCCUGGGAAAACUUUUUGGGUGCAGCUUUAGCUGUCAUCUCCUGUUGGGGGUGAGAUUUGCCUUCCCAGCAGCAAGUGCUGAGUGUGGAAAGGGGAUGUGCUGGACUGGGGAAGCAUCAGCACCAAAGCGUCCCAAUGUCUGCAGUGUGUUGUGGGGCAGUGCUGGCUCUGAACACUGCUGGAGCUCCGUGGGAAGCAGCAAGCUUAAAGCUUUGCAGCUCAUUCCUUCCUUCCAUACCCAGUGGGGCUGUGCUGCAGUUUCUCAUGAGAUAAACAGCCUAGAAGCAAAGCACACAGGUGGUUUGUGGUUCUGUGCUGGUGUUUUUCCUACAGGUGUGUCUGUUGUUGAUGAUCUGAGCGAUCGGAGGGAGCAGCUCUUGGCCAGGACCUCUGCACCAACGUGAGAACUUUCCUUCCACAAUUCAAUUAGCAGAGCCUCAGAAGUGCACUGUGCAGUGCAUGGUCCAUGUCUGCAUCCAUGCACUGAGUUUUACCUUUCAUCUUUCAGAGAACAUUUUUCCAUCUCCUGGCUCACUCAGUCCCUUUAAAUGCCUCUUCCAUAACACUGUUUGUAGGAGGCAAGGAAAAUCUAAGAAUAGGUAAUUGCCUUCUUAAGGAACCUCUGAAUUUGUCUCCACUUAAACGUAAACUUUCUUACUCUGCAGCACAGUGCUGUGCUGGAAAUUCCUCUGUCCUCAGAAGAGUUCAUUUUUUACAGAUCAAGUCUAUUGUUAAAUCCAGUAUUGUCUGCAAUUUGGACAACUAUUUAUGCAUCUUGAAUUCUUAAUCCAGAGAGAUUUGGAUUUGUAGAUUGAAUAAAGGUCUUUACAAGUACUCUUUUAUAAAAAGAUUUUCUCAUCCUGAUUUUUCUGUGUUUUAGAAGACCUCGAAAAACCCCAAACCUUAGAAUUGUGAUGAAAAUCAUUGGGCUUGGAUCUCUGUCUUUUGGGAGGUGUUGCAAUCCUUUGGUUUCAUGCACACCAAAUGGAAAACGUGGAUUUCAGAUUGCAAGUCUGUACUGGAAGCAUCGGCUCCAGCCUGAGUUCUGCAGCUGUUCCAUCUGUUAGCUUCAUGCCUUGCAAGUGAAGCAUGCCACCAACCAGAUUGUGAUGAACUGUGCUGACAUCGACAUCAUCACAGCCUCCUAUGCGCCAGAAGGAGAUGAAGAGGUACAUGCCACAGGGUUCAACUAUCAAAAUGAGGAUGAGAAGGUUACCCUCUCCUUUCCCAGUACCCUUCAGAAAGGGACGGGAACGCUGAAGAUAGACUUUGUAGGGGAGCUGAAUGAUAAAAUGAAAGGUUUUUACCGAAGUAAAUAUACAACCCCUACUGGAGACACACGCUAUGCUGCUGUCACUCAGUUUGAGGCUACUGAUGCUCGCAGAGCUUUCCCUUGCUGGGAUGAGCCUGCUAUUAAGGCGACUUUUGAUAUUUCAUUGGUGGUUCCUAAAGACAGAGUAGCUUUGUCAAAUAUGAAUGUCAUUGACCGGAAGCCAUACCCAGAUGAUGAGAACCUGGUGGAAGUCAAGUUUGCUCGCACCCCCAUCAUGUCGACGUAUCUGGUGGCAUUUGUGGUGGGAGAAUAUGACUUUGUAGAGACCAGGUCCCUAGAUGGGGUCUUAGUGCGUGUUUACACUCCUGUGGGCAAAGCUGAGCAAGGAAAGUUUGCAUUAGAGGUUGCUGCUAAAACUCUGCCUUUUUAUAAGGACUACUUCAAUGUUCCUUACCCUCUUCCUAAAAUUGAUCUCAUAGCUAUUGCAGAUUUUGCUGCUGGUGCCAUGGAGAACUGGGGCCUUGUUACUUAUAGGGAGACUGCAUUGCUCAUUGACCCCAAAAAUUCCUGUUCUUCAUCUCGCCAGUGGGUGGCUCUGGUUGUGGGACAUGAACUUGCUCAUCAGUGGUUUGGAAACCUCGUGACCAUGGAAUGGUGGACCCAUCUUUGGCUGAACGAAGGGUUUGCCUCCUGGAUUGAGUACCUGUGUGUCGAUCACUGCUUUCCAGAGUAUGACAUCUGGACUCAGUUUGUUUCUGCUGAUUACACACGAGCUCAAGAGCUCGAUGCCUUAGACAACAGUCAUCCAAUUGAAGUUAGUGUUGGCCAUCCAUCCGAAGUAGAUGAAAUAUUUGAUGCUAUUUCUUACAGCAAGGGAGCAUCUGUAAUCCGAAUGCUGCACGACUACAUUGGUGAUGAGGACUUUCGGAAAGGAAUGAAUUUAUAUUUAACAAAGUUCCUGCAGAAGAAUGCAGCCACAGAGGACCUCUGGGAAAGCCUGGAAAAAGCUAGUGGUAAACCUAUUGCUGCUGUGAUGAACACAUGGACCAAACAAAUGGGAUUUCCACUCAUUUACGUGGAAGCUGAACAGCAAGAAGAUGACAAAGUAUUGAAGUUAGUCCAGAAGAAGUUCUGUGCCAGUGGACCAUAUGCUGGGGAGGAUUUCCCUAUGUGGAUGGUCCCCAUCAGUAUUUGUACAAGCGACGACCCCACCAGUGCCAAAAUGCAAGUGCUGAUGGACAAACCAGAGCUGACCUUGGUUUUGAAAGAUGUUAAACCAGACCAGUGGGUGAAGUUGAACCUUGGGACAGUAGGCUUCUACCGCACGCAGUACAGCCCUGACAUGCUGGAGAGUUUAAUACCAGCUAUCAAAGACCUCUCCCUACCCCCCGUGGACAGGCUCGGCCUGCAGAAUGAUCUCUUCUCUCUGGCCCGAGCUGGAAUCAUUAGCACUGUAGAGGUUCUAAAAGUCAUGGAAGCAUUUGUGAAUGAGCCCAAUUAUACUGUGUGGAGCGACCUCAGCUGUAACCUGGAGAUUCUCUCAACUCUCUUGUCCCACACAGACUUCUAUGAGGAAAUCCAGGUGUUUGUGAAAGAUGUCUUUUCACCAAUAGGGGAGAGACUGGGAUGGGACCCCAAACCUGGAGAGGGUCAUCUAGAUGCCCUUCUGAGAGGUCUGGUGCUGGGCAAACUAGGCAAAGCUGGGCACAAGGCUACCUUGGAAGAAGCCCGACGCCGGUUUAAAGACCACGUGGAAGGAAAAAACAUCCUGUCAGCUGAUCUGAGGAGUCCUGUCUAUGUCACUAUUUUGAAGCAUGGAGACAGUACUACUUUAGACACCAUGCUCAAGCUUCACAAGCAAGCAGACAUGCAGGAGGAGAAGAACCGAAUUGAGCGUGUCCUCGGGGCCAUCUCCCAGCCAGAACUGAUUCAAAAAGUUCUCACCUUUGCACUUUCAGAAGAGGUACGUCCCCAGGACACAGUGUCUGUCAUUGGAGGAGUGGCAGGAGGCAGCAAGCAGGGAAGGAAAGCUGCUUGGAAGUUUGUACGAGACAACUGGGAGGAGCUUUAUAAUCGAUACCAGGGUGGAUUCUUGAUAUCCAGACUAAUAAAGCUAACAGUGGAUGGGUUUGCAAACGAUAAAAUGGCAGCGGAAGUCAAGGCUUUCUUCGAGAGCCACCCAGCGCCAUCCGCAGAGCGCACCGUCCAGCAGUGCUGCGAGAACAUCCUGCUGAAUGCUGCCUGGCUGAAGCGGGACAGCGAGGACAUCCAUCAGUUCUUCCUGCAGAGGAAGGGUCCCCCCCCGGCCACGGCGUGAACCCACGGUGCUGCUGAGCCCCACUGCCUCCGUGGGGGGAAGGAGGAGCUGCUGCCCCACAGCUGAUUGAUACGCCAAGAAUUCAGAGUCUUUUAUCUCAAGCGGACGGGGAUUGGACUGUGAAUGUAGUUAACUGGUUCCUGCUCACACUCCAGAAUUAAAAUUCUAUUAAAAUUAAUCGCAAUUCAACGAAAAGAGAGAGGGGAGAGAGAGAGAGAGAGAAAGAAAAAAGGAGGAAAAAAAAAAAUAAGAAAAAAAAAUCUGUAAAUAUGAUAGUAAUAAAAUAGAGCAUAACAAAACUGUGAAACUUCCUCAAGCCUUGUCAGUGGUUACAAUAUUUAACAUCCCCUCCUCGUUGACAGAUGUUCUGUUUUUUUAUGCCCUCCCCCCAAAAGAGGAAACCAGCAGUGCGAGGUCAGCAGAAUUCGGGGCAGGAGAGGCUGAGUGCUCACACAGUGCUCAGAAGGCAGGAGGCCAAACAGCUCCCAGUGCAAGGUUUGGGGGAGACAUUCUUGCAAACCCAUCCCUCACCCCACGGAUCGUAGGUUCCCCCCCCUUUUUGUGUUACCUCUCAGCAGAAACAAAACCGUUCUGUCGCUCUCCACUUCUCGGUUCCACUUUGCUGAUGUCCUUCUUAGAGAUAACGGGAUUGUAUGGAAACAUCUUUCAUAGCCACAUUAAACGAGAGAACGAUUCACGCAGUCUAUCCUUUUUUUCUCCUGCCUCCAUGGCACCCUCACCAUGCAUGCCCACGGGCAGCACUGCGUGCCCAGCUCUCCCACUGCUGGCUGGGCUCUGCUCCGUGUCCCCACAGCCCAGCUUGUCCCACCUCCUCGUGGCCGUAGCAGCAAUAGCUUUUCGUUCCUUUCUGUGAUGUCGAUGGUAAUUUGAUUCAGAAGCCUUAAAUGAGUGCUGAGUGGAGUGCUGAUGAAGCCUAAGCUGUGUUUCCUUGGCUGCUCACCAACACGACGCCCUCUGACAAAAAGGUUGGAGCUCCGUACGGAUUUUUUUUUUUUUUUUCUUCCUUUCUUUAACAAGAAUUCAUCUUUGCUGUGGCUUCACUGUACUUCAGAAGGUCAUCAGACUGUCAGACCGCUUCCCCCAAAACAUUUUUGUGCUCUUGUUUAAAAAAA